CCAUUUUGUCCGCCUCAGCGGGCGGGAAGAUGAGGCGGGGAAAGGCGCUCCGUCGCCUGAGGGAAAACCAGGCCCGUUGACGGCUCCCCGCGACGGGGCCCCGAAGGCCUCUGAGGCGGGAUGGAGCCCACCGGGCCUCGGGGCCCGGUUGUUGGAAUCGUCUCCGGCCCGCCUGCGGGGCAACCCCGGGAGUACAAACUGGUGAUGUUGGGCGCCGGCGGAGUCGGGAAAAGCGCCAUGACCAUGCAGUUCAUCAGUCACCGUUUCCCAGAAGACCACGAUCCCACGAUCGAGGAUGCUUACAAAAUGCGGAUCCGGAUUGACGACGAACCUGCUAAUCUGGAUAUUUUGGACACCGCAGGCCAGGCCGAAUUCACUGCUAUGAGAGAUCAGUACAUGCGAGCUGGCGAGGGGUUUAUUAUCUGUUACUCCAUCACGGACCGCCGAAGUUUUCACGAAGUCCGGGAGUUUAAACAGCUCAUCUACCGUGUCCGACGUACGGAUGAGACUCCGGUCGUUCUGGUCGGCAACAAGUCCGACCUAACUCAACUCAGGCAGGUCUCCAAGGACGAAGGCUCGGCGUUGGCCCAAGAGUUCGGCUGCCCCUUUUUCGAGACCUCCGCCGCCUUCCGCUACUACAUCGACGACGUCUUCCACACCCUCGUCCGCGAAAUCCGGCGGAAGGAGAAGGAAAUCGUCAUGGCGUUGGAGAAGAAGUCGAAGCCGCGUCCGAGCGUUUGGAAAACCUUGAAAUCUCCCUUCCGCAAGAAGAAAAAUUCCAUAACCUGAAAACCCCCUCCUCCUCUCCCCCCUCCCACCCAAAAAGGCCAGGAGGAGCUUUGCAGAGAGAGGCAAAAUAGUCCUCCAGCUUUUGAACUCUCUCUCUCUCUGUGCUGAGUGUGUAAACGGAACUCCUGAUCUGUGCCAAAAACAAAAAACAAAAUCCCAGAUGGCCAUUUUUCUGCGAAAUCAUUUUUCCUCCGGCAUCCAGCGAUACACGGCCUUGUCUGCUUGCAAUUUCUGCCUUACCCAGCCCGAGCGGGCUUUGCCGAGAAAGCAAUGGACUUAGAAACAACCUAGCCACCUUUGCAAACAAGCCAUCAUCUCUUGGCCUCGUGAGGGAGAACCGACCUUGCUUGCUUCAGUUUGGUCCGGAUUGGAGGGGAAUCUUGGCUUUUGAUGGAGUGGGAUGGCGACACCGUUUAGAAGCAGUCCAAAUCCUUUAGCCCUGUGGGAUGAGGCGAAGGUGGGGAGCGGGGGGGGGGGGGCGGCAGAACGGGAUACACCGUAAAAACCAGGUUUUUAAUUUCCUACUCGGGGUACGGGAUGCAAACGGAACUGCACAGCCUCUUUUUAACGCUUUUGAAAUUCUCUGCUGUAGCAUCUGUUUCUCGGGGCCGCCUCUUUCGCGAAAGAGGGCCGUUCCCCCUCUUUCCCGCCCUCGUGCGUGGCAUCCGCAAAAGUGGGGUUGCAGAAUUUGCCUUUUAUUGCUUUGCGUAAAGGUUACACGCGAUUCAAAGCGGGGAGGAUGUUCAGGAAUCAUAUUCACGGAUCCAGAUUUGAAUAAACUGUCACAGGAUUAGGAUGAUUUUUGUCGGAUUCCGUCAGUUUGGUGCGAGAGCAAGCGGGGGGGGGGAGAGCGAGCGGUCCAUCAGGGUGGCGCUCCGAGAAAUGGUAGGAAGGGAUGCCGAGGGGCAAGAAAGGGACGUGGUGAAUUGGAGGUGUAAAGUUGUAGCGCGGUAUAGAGCAAGUGGUAAAUUGAAUUUGGGAGACGAGUUUGAGAAAGAAAGAGUGGUGAGGUAUUUACUUCGCUUGCGUGAAGACCGGGGUCAAAUUUUCUAGCAUAACUUCACAAGGCAUGUUGGUUAGUUAGAGUAUUGAGAUUUUUGGCCACGCUGAGCCAAAGGGGCGAACCUGCUUUUAUUAAUUAAAAGAGUUUGGGUCCUGUUUUUUUCCCCUGGGGUGCCUUGUGGAUGGACCCCAAAAAUGGAGUCCACAUGAAUGAAUUAUGGAGAUUUUGAUAGGCUUGCAGGUGGAAUGAGAGAUGGAAAAGUGUGAGUAAGGUCCUUGGUUGAAGGUAAGAGAAAUGUGUGUCUCGGAGGUCGUGGAAUUUCCCUCCCUCCCCAAGUUGGUCUCUUAAAUCUUGUGACCCUGACAAAAAAAUAAAUAAAAAUAACCUGCUUUAAAUUGAAUUAACUCUUUAAACAGAGGGCUUUCCUGUCUGCGUGUCAGGUCUGAGUCCUUUCUUCCUGUUUUAGUAGCUACGACACGUUCCUGGGGCAAUUUUUACAAAGUGUUUGUAAUUGUGUGUGGUUUACAGGGAGUCAGGAAAUAGGACAGCCCCUUGUCAAGUUUAAAGAAUGAGAGAAAACAAUGGAAACUUUCUUUUUUUUUCCUUUUUUUACUUUUCCUAAGAGACUGAAGAAGCCUUAGAAAUUUCUUCUAGGUAAUUUUUUUUUAAUGAUGUUGGAUUUUCAAAUGUUACCGAUUAUAGUGUUUGAUAUACGUAUGUAUUUAUAGACUCUGAGAAACUUGGUAGUUGAGAGGAACAGGAAUAUCACAUUCCAUUUUAGCAAAGAGUUAUUUUUGAAUGUAUUUUAUUGACUGUAGCAAUAUACGGUGUAUUUAAAAUUAGUAAAUUAAAUGUUACGAACAAUGCUGGAUACUUUCCAUAGCUAUUAAUUUUAGAAGCAGAAUAAAUCUUAAUUUUAAUUUUUAUAUUAUCACAUAACUGUAUAAUGUGGUAGAUAUGUCAGGUUUUUUUUUUUUAAAAGGGACUACAGUAGUUUCAGGGUAAAUAACAUCGCUAACAUGGGUGGCCGAAGGAGUCACAAUUUCAGUUCUGUUUUGUUUUUACUUCUCAAGUUCUCAUUCCAGAAAAAAAAAAAAUGACUUGAAGCAAGAAUGCAUUUGUAGCGGAUUCAAAGCCUGCUGUUUAAGCCAAAUUUAAAACAUUUUUUUUAAAAAAGCAGCUUUCUUAAUUUGUGCCUUAGCAGAAUUCAGUAUUUUGUGGUGCUAAUGGUGAAAUCUUUUUUUUUUUUUCUAGCAUGAUUACAUCUGAUUAUUAAGCACUUUCUUUGGACACAAUUCCUGUCUUUUAUGAUUCACAUAUAUAUUGCACUUGAUACAAUAAAUAUUUUUUUAAGCCUGA